AGGGGGGGCGUAGAGUGAGAGAGAGAGCGUGGAGUUGUAGUAGUGAUCGGGGAGAGAGAGAGAGAGAGAGAGAGAGAGAGAGAGAAAGCUCAGGGAGGGAGAUGGAAAUGGAGAGCCCUAGGUCGCCGGAGGCGGAGAUCGGGCGGAGGUUGGAGGACCUGUGGGAGGAGACGGAGCCGCAGCUCACCCCGUCGGAGAAGCUCAACUCCUGCUUCGGCGACGUCCCCGUCUCCUCCUUCCCCCCCGCACCCCCUUCCCAAGUAAUUGAGAUACCGUCAGAUUCGAGUCUUGCUGAUGCCGUCGAGACUUUGUCCAAACGCAUGAUCCUGAGCGCACCCGUGAGGAAUGUCGAUGCACCAGAAGAUGCUAGUUGGAUCGAUAGAUACCUCGGCAUAGUCGAGUUUGCGGGGAUCGCCAUGUGGCUGCUGCAUCAGUCUGAAGUUGCGGCUCAUGGAACAGCUGUUUCUGCUCCAGGAUUGUCUAUCAGCGGAUUAGCCGCUAAGCUGGGUUCUUUUAAGUUCAGGCGAUCAGCUUCUGGUAUCAAUGAUCGUGCUGGUUCAGAAGCCGCUGCUACAUCUGCAAAUUCAGGCACUGAAGCAGCUGCUUCAGUCAGUGGAAGCUUUUUCCAAUCUCUCAUUUCUUCAGACUUCUACAAGAACACAAAGGUUGGAGACAUCUCAGGAUCCUUUAGAUGGGCGCCAUUUCUUGCUCUGCAGACGUCGGAUUCAUUUCUCACCAUGCUGCUGCUGUUAUCAAAGUACAGAAUGAAGAGCCUCCCUGUAGUUGAUUUGGGCGAAGGGAAGAUCGAAAACAUCAUCACGCAAUCUGCUGUCGUUCACAUGCUCGCAGAGUGCGUGGGGCUUCCUUGGUUCGAAAGCUGGGGGACAAAAAAGCUCUCUGAACUAGGGCUUCCUAUUAUGAAGCCAUAUCGGAUCAUCAAGGUGAAGGAAGAUGAACCAGUGCUAAGAGCUUUCCAACUAAUGCAGGAAAAAGGAAUCGGCGGGCUCCCGGUUGUCGACGGAAGUGGGAAAAAGGCAAUUGGCAAUAUAAGCGUCAGAGAUGUUCAAUAUCUUCUAACUGCCCCCGAAAUUUACAAAGAUUACAGGUCCAUCACGGCCAAGGAUUUCCUCACAGCGGUACGAAAGUACCUCCACAACCACCGAGAGCCCUCGGCGAUACUGCAGGAGGUGAUCAGCUGCAAGAGAGACGAAACGAUCAAGGACAUCAUCCUUCGGUUGGACUCCGCAAAAAUACACAGGAUCUACGUCGUCGACGAAGACGACGGUGUCGAGGGGGUCAUCACCCUGAGGGACAUAAUCUCAAAGCUGGUCCACGAGCCGCGCCACUACUUCGGUGAUUUCUUCGACGGCGUCGUCCCGUUGCCGGAGAAUAGCAGGGUUUGAUUGCAACAAAAGGAAAACUGCUGCUCCCUUUGUGUCAUUGUUGUUGUACAUUACCUUGUAUUUUCUUCUCUGGUUUUUCUUUUCUGUUUUUCUUUUCAAAUAGGGUAAACUUUAAAUACCACCCUCGUAGUUUCGCACUUUCUCACUUUAGUAUUCUGUAGUUUAAAGUGUAUCAAGUUAG